AUGCCGCCCCGCCGUCGCUCGACCUCCGGCUACUGCGGCGUCCGCGCGCGGCUGAACGGUACCUUCUACGCCGAGAUCCCCUCCGGCGAUGAGCGCAUCGGGCUGGGCAUGUUCGAGACGGCGCACGAGGCGACGCGCGCCUACGACGCAGUCGCCUGGCGCCUCGGCUGCUUCCGCCGCACCAUGAACUUCCACGACGUGUGGACACGGGAGCAGGCGGAAGCGCUCGCGCCGCCACCUCCGGCCGUCACGCGCGAGCAGCAGCGGCGCCACCGCGAGCUCGAGCAGCGGCUCGUCAUCGUGGAGCGCGACGAGCGCCUCCGCCUCGAGUGGGCGUGGUAG